CACACGCUCACGAUGACAUCCAAUACUGCCAUCUUCGUUGCUCUGAGCCUUCUCCUCUCCGCGGUCGCCACGCACGGCUGCGGACCCUAUUGCCAGCCUCCAGUCGUCGUGCCGACGCCGCCCGUUGUCGUUCCGCCGACGUACCACGGAGGAGGAGCGCACGGCCACGACGGGCAGUGCUCUAUCGACGCGCUAAAGCUGAGGGUGUGCGCCAACGUUCUCGGUGGCCUGCUCAGCCUCAAGGUCGGUGUUCCGGCGCACGACGAGUGCUGCCAGCUGCUUCAGGGGUUGGUCGACCUUGACGCUGCCGUCUGCCUGUGCACCGCCGUCAGGGCCAACGUCCUCGGCAUCCACCUCAACGUGCCUGUGGACAUCAGGCUCCUCCUCAACCACUGCGGCAAGACGUGCCCGUCUGAGUUCACUUGCCCAUCCCAUUGACGGAUGCGUACUGCUGCACGGGCGCCGAAUAAGAUUUGCUUUCAGAUUCUAAAAAAAUAAAAAUUAUUUGCUUUCAAGCCGUACGUCGUUGUUAUUUUCGUGUCCACAUUUGAAUCCUCGUAACCAGUACUACUCUUUUCGUUUUUAGCAAACAACCUAAUAGUCGUUUUCUUUGUGACAAACAUGUACUCUUCGUAUUAAUAUAUAUCAUCAAUAAUUUUUGUC